CUUGGUUUGCGUCCUGGGCCGCUGGAAGCUGCCUGCUGUGCAUCGCAAGCCGCUGUCAGGUUCGCUGCUGCUGUGGAAAUGGGGGAGUACGGAGUUGAGCCAGGCCAGCGCGUGGCCAUCAUCUGGGACAGCUCCUCGCCGGUUGAAGCCCUGAAGGAUUUGGUGGAUAAAAUUCAGGUGCUGGUGGGAGCUGAUAAUCGUGUCUCUGUGGAAAACAUUAACCAGCUGUCUCAGUCGGCUCACAGGGAGUCCAGUUUUGAUGUAAUUCUCUCUGGCGUGGUACCAGGCAGUACGGCGCAGCACAGUGCGGAGGUACUGGCAGAAAUAGCUCGGAUACUUAAGCCGGGGGGCCGUGUCCUCCUGAAAGAACCAGUGGUUACAGAAUCAGGAAACAACAGCAGAAUCAAGACAGCAGCCAAACUCCCCACAGCUCUGACUCUCUCUGGGUUGGUGGAAGUGAAGGAGCUGCAAAAGGAAGCGUUGACCCCGGAGGAGGCCCAGUCGGUCCGAGAGCAUUUGGGUUACCAAGGCAAUGACCUUCUCAUUGUUCAGAUAGAAGGCAGGAAGCCCAAUUUCGAAGUGGGAUCCUCAAGUCAGCUCAAACUUUCCUUUGCCAAGAAACCCAGUCCUUCAGGAAAACCCUCUGUGGACCCAGCCACUGCCAAGCUGUGGACGCUCUCUGCCAAUGAUAUGAAUGAUGAAGAGAUGGAUCUUUUGGACUCUGAUGAGCUGUUGGAUUCAGAGGAUUUGAAGAAGCCAGAUCCAUCUUCCCUCAGAGCUCCAUCCUGCAAAGAAAUGGGCAAAAAGAAAGCCUGCAAGAACUGCACGUGUGGCCUGGCUGAAGAGCUGGAACAGGAGAAGAAGAGCUCACAGCCCAAAUCUGCCUGUGGAAAUUGCUACCUGGGGGAUGCGUUCCGCUGUGCCAGCUGCCCUUACCUGGGGAUGCCCGCCUUCAAGCCUGGGGAGAAGAUUCUCCUGAAAGAAAACCAGCUGCAUGAUGCCUAACGAAGACAUCUCUGGGUGUCCUGCGAAGGACUCCUCUGCUUUUCCAUCAGUCUGAGGUUCUCCCCGCAGUCCUCCUCAUCCUCUCCAACUCAUCCUCUCCGGCCAAUACUCCUCGUGGGGAAGGACGCUGUGGGCACUGACACCGCUGUGAGCUCAUCACUUGUAAUCAACCUUGGGCUACCUGAUAAUCUUUGGUGACAAGUGGUCUCGUGUGUAUUAGACUUCAUGUUAUGCCUUGUUUUAGCUGGCUUGACUUGAUACUGGGACGCUGGCCAUCACAGCGUGUCCCACCAGCAGAGGGAAGCAGAAUCAAGUGUCAGCUUGACCUCGUGUGCAUGUGGCAGGGCCCGUACUUCCCCGUGCCCCUGUGUACAGCUCUAAUUUGCCCUGAUUUUCCCUGAUGAAUCAGCAGCUCUGGCUCAGCUCUCAGGGUGACACUGGGCUCCUGCUCUCUUUGAAAUUUGAACCUGCAGUUCCUUACCGCGUGAAGGUGGCUCAGCAGCUCCUGUUGCAAGUCAGGACCAGUGAGUACACUUAGCAGUAUGUGAACUCCUUGGUAAAGUCUGGCAGGCGUGAUGAAUUUCCAAGUGUUUUGGGAGCCUGCCCGUGAUAUCCCCUGCCCCCACCUAUUUCCGUCAAAAUGACAAAGAUUCAGUCCCAGUGAGAAAACUCCCACCCUUAAGGCAGGGAGCAGAUUAAACAAGAUCUGUCUUGUCCUCCCACACUUUUCUGUCCAACAUGAACUGAUAAGACAAGGGCAAUCUGAGACUGUCGCCUCUCUUGGUGGUUACCAAGUGAGUUACCUGCAGUGUCCAAUAAGAACAUAGCAAUAACUUAAUUUCUAGAUGAUCUGUGGCCAGCAUCUGCUCCCGCUCCACGAGAUACUGACUACUCUUUAUUUAUUUGCGUAAUUACUGCUAGUGAAGCAUCCGCGCAGGUGCGGGAUGAGGGAGCUGGUCGCGUUCUGUGCCAGGCUUGCUUCUCACCCACGGAGGGAGAGGAGGAAAACCCAAAGCCAGUGUCUCAGCCGGGAUUGCUUUGUUUGGAGCUCUUGCUCGACAGGAUGCGACUGCUUGUUGUUGUGCUACCUAAGUUACACACUAAACUUGCGGAGGGAGCUGGGAUGAAAGGCUGUUCUGUCCUUGAAAUAAAAAUGACCAAUAGUAAAGUGUUUGUUUUAAGACUGGUA